AUGUUAUCUUUUCGUUACAAUUUCUAUGAUAUGAUAGAAUCAGACUCAGAUGAUGAGGAGACGACUCCUUCUGGCCUAGUGAUUAACAAAGUACAUGCAUCACCAUCCACCCAAAUAAGGAAUGAGAUGUUGUCUCCUCCAGCAUCAUCAUUUUGCAGAUCACCUGAAACAUCGCCUGUACCAAUUACAAAGACUGAUAAUGAUAUAAGAUCUGAGUUAGAUCUAGAUCAACGUAAUACCAAAUCAAAUACCAAAUCGGAUGCCUCGUAUUUGCAAACAUAUAAGGCUUUACAAGAGACUAUGGUGAACUUAAAAAUUGAUUCAAAGCUACCAAAUUUUAAUAAUCUUGGAUUUAAUCAAUUGAUAAUACCUUCAAAGGACUCAAAAGAUACAAACGUAUUGCAUAAGGGGAUUACACAAGAUGAAUAUGUCACCAAUCAAGCCACUAGAUCAUCAUCUAUAGGUUCGACUAAAUAUUUAGUUUCAGAACUUAUAUCCUCUAUUAGUGAAAGAUUCGAAUCAAUAGAGAUAGCAAAUAAAAAAGAAGUGGCUAGGAUACUUAGUGAAAAGAAACGUAAAGAACAAGAACGUAUAGCUAGGAUAGAAGAAGAAUGUAAAAGGAAAGAAGAAGAAGCUAGACGUCUCAAAGAAGAAGAAGAACACCAAAGACGUGAAUUAGCAGCCAAAAAGAAAGCUGAUGAGGAAAGAAUAAAACAAGAACAACUUAAGGCAGAACAGGAUGCAAAGAAGGAAGAAGAAGCUAGAACAUUAAAAUUGAAAAAAGAAGCGGAAGAAAAAGCUAAAGAAGAAGUACGUGAGGCAAAUCGUAACAAAUAUAGUACCAAUUUUAAAAAUAUUGAGAAGACCUUUUUGAAAUAUAAAGAACAGAUACAAAUAAUUAAAAAGGAAAUUGUAGAACCGGUUAAAAAUAUUGAUAAGGAUCAAAAGAAAAUAUUAUCCACUCAUAGGAGGAAAAUCAAUCCCAAAUUUGGUCAACUGACCAAUUCGAAUCAACAAUUAAUUGCGGUAGCCAAUGAAUUGGAUAACCUAAUCUCUCAAACGACAUCACAGCCUUUAAUGUUCAAAUGGAUCUUGAAUUUUGUUGCGAAGGCAAUUGUACAUCAAGCAGAAAAUGAAGUUAGAGUGAAACCGGAGUCGGCACUUCCAUUGGCUAAACUUGCAUUGUAUUUAGUUCAAAAAUUCCCAGAUUUAAAAGAGUUAUUAAUGGCUAGAUUUGUUAAGAAAUGUCCAUUUGUUAUUGGUUAUACUUGUUCUAUUGACACGGAAAAUGGACGUUCUGCUAUGGGUUGGAAACGUAAUUCUGAAAACAAAUGGGAAGCUUCAACUUCAUAUGAUGAAAGGAUCGGUGGUAUGGUUACGCUAUUUUCUGUAAUUACUCGACUAGAUACUAUGGUCUCAGGUUCUCAAAACCCAUGGUCAUUAGAGUAUUCGUGGAUGAUGCUUGCCAGAAUUGCUAAUACGCCAGUUGAACUAUUAACUAAUGUUCAUUUCAUCGUUCUUGGGUCAUGGUGGGACGCCACUGCAUCAUCAUUCUUACAGAGAUAUGGUAAUCAAGGUGCAAAAUUGAUGAGACUAAUCGGCGAUGGUUUGACAUCAUCUGUUGCCGAAAAGAAGUACGUCGGUGCAGCAAGAUUAAGAAUAUUGAUGGAGGACUGGAUCUCUAACAAUAAUAUAACGGCAUUCCCUGAAAUGGACCCAUGA